CCAAAUUUCUUGGGUCAAUCUCGUGGCUAUCCUCAAUUCUAAGCUGGCUCCAGUGUAACCACUCUGAAAACACGGAGAGGAGCAGCAGCAACAAAACCAAGUAGAUAUUUCUUUCAAUGGCUGGAAUUGCUACUACUUGUUAUUAUUUGACCCUCUCUUCUACAAGCACUAGGAAAACCUGGUUGGAAUUAAAGACCAACUAUGGAAGAGCCACACCUAUCCGGAGAAGAAACUUAAGCAUUAGAGCUGAAGUCAAUUUUGUAAAUGCUGAAGAAGCCAAAAAACUUAUAGCUGUUGAGGGUUAUGCCGUUGUCGACGUCCGCGAUAAAUCUCAGUUCGAUCGAGCUCAUAUCAAAUCAUGUUAUCAUGUUCCCCUUUUCAUUGAAAACACAGACAAUGAUCCUGGCACAAUUGUUAAGAGGACUUUGCACAAUAACUUUUCAGGCUUAUUCUUUGGGUUGCCAUUUACAAAACUCAAUCCUGAAUUUGUACAGUCCGUGAAAAGUCAGUUUUCGCCCGAAUCUAAAUUGUUACUUGUAUGUCAAGAGGGGCUGAGGUCUACUGCUGCUGCCAAUAAAUUGGAGCAAGCUGGUUUCCAGAAUAUAGCAUGUAUAACAUCAGGGCUUCAAACUGUAAAACCAGGUACAUUUGAUUCCGUAGGUAAAGCUGAGUUGCAAGAUGCUGGCAAAGCUGGUUUGGUGACAAUUCAAGGCAAGAUUUCGGCUGUGCUCGGAACUGUACUCAUCUGUGCAUAUCUGUUUAUAACUUUGUUCCCGGAUCAAGCGGAGAAGCUGCUUCAGAUGAGUCCUGUAAGGUAGCCCUUUGCGAGGAACCUUAAAGUUUUGUAGUUUUCACAGUGCCAAUGCCAACAAGGGAAUUCUAAACAUGGAGUUUCGUCAUUCACACUGUAUAUUUUAUUUUGUUAAAUCCUUUUCUUUUAAA